GCCGGCGUCUUUGCUGAGGGUCACAUUGAGCUUCCAGCGGUUUCAGGCGCGACUCUAGGAAGGGGGCCUUGGCCUGGCUUGACUUGGUCACACCCAGCCUGUUCUGCAUCCAGCCUCCACUGGGCCUGAGUGGACUGAGAGCCCUACCAGCAUCCAUUCUCUUUGGCCCCAGGAGUCAGCACUAUGGCAGAAGACAUCCAGACCAAAAUCAAGAACUACCAGACAGCUCCUUUUGACAGCCGCUUCCCCAACCAGAACCAGACCAGGAACUGCUGGCAGAACUACCUGGACUUCCACCGCUGUGAGAAAGCAAUGACUGCUAAAGGGGGUGACGUCUCCGUGUGCGAAUGGUACCGGCGUGUGUACAAGUCUCUCUGCCCCAUAUCCUGGGUGUCAGCCUGGGAUGACCGCCGGGCGGAAGGCACGUUUCCUGGGAAGAUCUGAACUGGCCCCCCCACCUCAUCUGUCCUCCGUCCUUCUCCACAGGGUGGUGCAGGGGGACCUGGAUUCAUGGUGAUUCCCACCCUGAGAUCCUGAAUCAUGGUUUAACUAAUAAUAAAUACUCACUGGAAAAGUGUAAAGCUGUGUACGUGUAAAAUAGCUGGAUGAUGGGGUGGAGGUUGAGGUGGGACUGAAUUCAGGGUGCUUUUUUCUUUUCUUUAAAUUUUUAUUUUAAUAAACAUUGAUCACCCA